AUGCACUCUGUUCUUGCGCCAAGUGCUGGUUCUGCUUACUGUCAGCACAUGUCAAGUAAUGUCGGAGAUGGUUUGGGGAACGUUUUACAAGCGGUUGUUAACCAGACUCGGUUGCUCAAUGAAACUGUUGUUGCUGCUACUGAUUCUUUCUUUCCUAUCGAAGUGAUGCAGCAUGCUAUCAGUAUGGUGAAGAGCGGUAUGUCUCUAGGUAAUGUUUACGUACAAGUGCUCGUGUUCGUGUAUUUUACGAAAAAUAUUAGUCAAUAUUUGCCAUCGAUUUCAAUUAUGGGAAAGAAAGUUCCAACUUUCCAAACUGUUGGACCACUAUGGUUCCAAGAUCUGUCUAUUCCGGAUAGUUUUUACAUCUUCCCAAUCUUGACUGGGAUGGCUUGCUUGAUUAGGGUAAAGUGCAUCAUACAAAAAGGAAUGGAAGGAAAUCCUGAUUUUGAAAAUGUUUCAAGGAAGGCAGCUGCAUUUUUAGUUUUAUUUACUAGAACCAACAAUGCUACGGACACCGAAAAACUUGCACCGAAAUUGUGUUUUGGGUUAAUUUCUCAUAAGGACACUGAGACAUUUGUAUGGCUAUUUCGUUCUUGGCUUGAAUGCAUAGAUGUCGCUCCUAAUGGAAUAAUCACUGAUCAGAUAAGGCCAUGCAAAAUGCAAUUGAGAUUAUUUCCCUGUAGCGGAUCUGGCAUCAAACAAUGGGAAGAUUAUAAUAUGAUGACGGAGUUUAUGAUUGACAUGAGGAAACAGUUGGAGCAAAAGGAAAGUGGGGCUUGGAAAAGGAUCAUCGGUACAGCGACAAAGGAACAGUUUCUUUCAUAUACUUCCGUGACCGAUGCGGAAACUCAAGUGUUGUCGAACGAUGUUGUUACUAACCAGGCAAUUUAUUGGCACUGGAUUCCAUCACAGUUGUUAACUCUUAUGAUUGGACAAGAGCCGCGUUUGAAUAAUAAGGCUGUAACGAAUGAUGCACUUGACGAAACAAGCUCUUCCUCUCUUCGAAAACAUUCAACGCUCAACUCACUCAAAUCAUCUCUAUCACAGACACAGCAAACGCAUGCUCACAUUCUCAAAACUGGACUCUCUAAUGACACAGAUCUCGCAACAAAGCUUCUGUCUCAAUAUGCAAAUCACCAAGACUUCGAUGGCACAAACCUUUUUACUCAAUCACUCCGUGUAUUCGCGCAAAUGCUCUCUCACGGUGUGGCACCUAAUACUUACUUGUUGCCUAAUAUCCUUAAGGCUUGCACUGGAUUGUUGUCAUUGGAAACUGGAAAACAAGUUCAUGCAAUGGUGUCUGUAUACGGGUUUAAUUUAGAUUCGUUUGUUCAUACUUCUUUGGUUCAUAUGUACGUUAAAUGUCAGAGGAUUGGGGACGCUCACAAAGUGUUUGAUAGAUUAGCCCAACCGGAUGUGAAAACUUUUAGUGCUCUGCUUGCGGGUUACGCGUGACAAGGGUGCGUGGAUGCAGCGAAAAAACUCUUUAACGAGAUGGGUCGUUUAAGAGUGGAGCCCGAUGUGUUUACUUGGAAUGGUAUGAUUGCAGGGUUUAAUGAUAGUGGACAUCAUGAAGAGGCGGUUCUUUUGUUUCAAAGGAUGCAUUUUGAAGGAUUUACGCCGGAGGAGCAUAGUGUUUCUAGUGUUCUUUCCGCUGUGGGCGACUUGGAGAAUCCCAAACUUGGGAUUCAGAUUCAUGGUUUUGUGAUUAAGGACGGGUUAUCGGAUAACAAGUGCGUCAGUACUUCACUUAUUGAUAUGUACGGAAAGUGUGCGUGUACAUGGAAUAUGUCGAAAGUGUUUCAUGAGAUGGAAAAUUUGGAUGCAGUUGUUUGCAGUGCUUUUCUUACUGGUCUCUGUAGGAAUGGUCUUGUUGACCAUGCAUUGGAGGUCUUUAGGCAGUUCCAGAGCCAAGGAGUGGAAUUAGAUGUUGUGUCUUGGACGUCAAUGAUUGCUGGUUUCUCACAAAAUGGGAAAGGUAUUGAGGCAUUGGAACUUUUUAGAGAGAUGCUGACGGCGGGGAUGCUGCCAAACAGUGUUACAAUACCUUGCUUGCUAUCAGCCUGUGGAAGUAUUGCAGCAUUGAUGCUCGGGAAGGCGGCUCAUUGUUUUUCUAUCAGAAGAGGAAUAUCUGAUGCUAUUUCCGUGUCUAGGGCACUAAUUGAUAUGUAUGCAAAGUGUGGAAGGAUUCAAGAAUCUUCUUUGAUUGCCAUGUUGUUAUAA